GGAGGACUAGCGUCCUCAAGCGUCACUUUUGACGAACAUUGCACAUUCAAUGGUUAACCAAAUUCCUGUGCCACAGGCAAAAUAUGAAUUGUUAACAGACGUUCGACAAUCACGUUGGAAAACACAAGUUUUAUGCUUAGUAUUGGUAUCUCUGAUACUUGGAAUUCUUUUUGUAAUACGUGCAUGGUUAGGUAUUAUUAUCCUUCAGUCUUCAAGAACUGAAACAUUUAAUACAGAAACAACAGAUAAUGCCAAGGUUGCUACGUGGUUACGUCGGGCUCGGAUGUACGCCGAAUCGACGAAGGAGAACCAGAAUGCGGACAGGAACAACAGCAUCAGUUCGCUACAGCACUUCUACACCAAUUCCUCAGGGCAGAUCAUUGUCUGUUAUUACACCAUAUCGAGCGACCUGAACACGCUCUGGGAGCUCAGUCCGUCGAACAUUGACCCUAAUCUUUGUACGCAUAUUAUCGUGGGUUUUGCGGGCGUGGUAAAUUGUAGUCUCAAUUUGGGUAAUAAUUCAUCAAUUUAUAAAGAAGUUAUUGCUUUGAAAAAGUUUCAACCUGAAUUAAGGGUCAUGAUUAGCGUUGGCGGCAAUAAUGAGCUCCACUUAGGUUUUUCAGAAAUGGUAAAAAAUCAUGCAAAUAGAAAAAGAUUUAUAAAAUCAGUUUUAAAUGUAACAAGAACAUUUGGUUUUGAUGGAUUAGACAUAGAUUGGGAAUUUCCUGCAUGGCUUGGAGCUGAUGAACGAGAAAAAAUUCGUUUUAUACAAUUAUUAGAGGAAUUACGAAAAGAAUUUUACCGAGCAAAAGAAACAUUAAUUCUUUCUGUUGCAGUAGCUGCUCCACAAGCUAUUAUUGACCAAAGCUAUAUGGUUAUAGAAAUGGCAAAGUACAUAGAUUUUGUGAAUUUGAUGUCAUAUGAUUACCAUUUUUAUGUAUGGUAUUAUCCAAUUACCGGACUUAAUGCGCCUCUUUUCUCACGUGCUGCUGAAUCUGGUUAUCUUUCUACUCUAAAUGUUAAUUUUUCGGUUCAUUAUUGGCUUUCAAAAGGGAUGCCAGGAGAAAAAUUAAUUAUUGGAAUUCCUACUUAUGGCCAUACUUAUAGGUUAGAUAAUUCGCUGAAUCAUGGUUUACUCGCACCAGCAAAUGGCUUCGGUAAAUUAGGAAAUAUGGGUUUUGUUUCUUAUCCUACAGUUUGUGAAUUUCUUCAAAAUGGUGCAGAAAGUGUUUUUGAAUUUGAAAGCAAAGUUCCUUAUGCUUAUAAAGAUAAGGAAUGGAUUUCUUAUGAUGACGUUACAAGCAUCUCUUAUAAGGCUAAAUGGAUUCGAGCAAAUAAUUUUGGUGGUGCAAUGAUAUUGUCUUUAAAUGUUGAUGAUUGGAAUAAUACAUGUAAAUUUAAUGAAAGCUUUCCUUUAACUCGUACUAUUAUGAAAAUCCUCAGGUAUCAAGAAAAUUAAUGCAUUUCUAAAAAACUUUUUUGUUAUAAUUUACAUUCCUCAUAGAAAUAUUGCAUUCCUAAAAUAUUAUUAUUAUUUAUAAAUUAAUUAUUAUUAAUUUUUAAUUAAAAUAUUUAAUCUUUCAAAAUUAUUAUUAGUCCUAAAAAUAUUAUUUGAUAUAGUAUCGCAAUAUUACUUAAU